UCUCCCCUCACACUUUCUUGGGAUAAUGAACCUGAGGUUCUGUAGUUUCCUCUUAUGCUUCGACCCUUCUUCUGAUUUUGAAGGCAUGUUGCUUAGUAACCAGGAAUACAUUGGCUUGUAGCACUGUGGACAUUAUAUGAGACUGGAGGCUAUAAUUGAAGCAAAAUUGGACAACCUCAUGCUCCAAGUGGAUUUUUUUUUCUCUUUUGACAAGACUAAACAACAGAUGCUCUGUGAACUACAGCUCGAUUCUCCUGCUGCAGGUGCGAGAUUUCAUCAUCAUGCUCAUUCAGCUGACUGCUUUACACGCUCUGGGUAUCCUUUCUUUGGCGUCUAACGCUUUAGGAGCCGAAGCAGGUGUGCGCGUCCUUGUGAACUGCACGACGCGCGGAGCCGACCUGGUGCAGCGAACGGCGACUGUGCUCUGUCCCGACAGCUGCGUGCCCUGGCAGCUCUCGGUCUUCGGAACAGCCGUGUACGCCUCUCUCUCCAGUGUCUGCGGGGCUGCUGUACACAGGGGUGUGAUCGAUGUAUCAGGAGGACCUGUGAGAUUUCAGAAACGGCCUGGAAGAGAAAACUACCUCAGUUCUGACGCCCAUGGAGUCAGAUCUCAGUCCCUUUCUAGAUGGAGUGCGUCUUUCUCUGUGUCCAAAGCUGUUGGCCAGACAAUGGAGGUAUCCGGUCAGCUCGGUGCUACAGCGCUCCCAGAAGCAGCCAAGAAGCCUUCAAAGAAAAAUUCCAAAAAGGUCUCUCCCAAUGGAAACAAAGACUGCCAGGUGGACAUUGCUUUCGUGCUGGACGGGAGUUAUAACAUCGGCCAGCGCAGGUUCAUCCUGCAGAAGAACUUCAUCGGCAAGCUCGCCCUGAUGCUCAGGAUAGGGCCGGAGGGACCCCUUUUCGGCAUCGUUCAGGCCAGUGAGAACCCCAAAACUGAGUUUCACCUUAAUAGCUUUACUCAACCAAAGGAUGUGAUUUUUGCCAUUAAAGAAAUGGGUUUCAGAGGUGGAAAUACCAACACAGGCAAAGCCCUGAGGCACACUGUGGAGACAUUCUUCAGCUCGGAGAACGGGAUGCGCAAGGGCCUGCCUCGCGUGAUCAUGGUGUUCGUUGAUGGCUGGCCCUCGGACGACAUCGAGGAGGCCGCUACUCUGGCGAGGGAAAGUGGUAUCAACGUCUUCUUUGUUUCCGUGGCCAGGCCGACGCCGGAGGAGCUGGGCGUGGUGCAGGACCAGGCCUUUGUGCAGAAGGCUGUUUGCAGAGACAAUGGCUUCUUUUCCUACUCCAUGCCCAGCUGGUUCAGUACCACCAAGUAUGUGAAGCCUCUGGCACAGAAGCUCUGCAGUGUGGACCAGCUUCUGUGCAGCAAGACCUGCUACAACUCGGUCAAUAUCGGCUUCCUCCUGGAUGGGUCUAGUAGCGUGGGAGACAAUAACUUCCGCCUGGUGUUGGAGUUCAUCGCCAGCAUCGCCAGCGCCUUCGAGGUCUCGGACACCGGGGCCAGGAUUGGAGUGAUCCAGUUCACUUACGACCAGAAAAUGGAAUUUGGCUUCAGUGAUCACAGUAAUAAGGACGAUGUCCUUGCAGCCAUUCGGGCAGUGCGCUACAUGAGUGGCGGGACGGCUACCGGAGACGCCAUCACUUUCUCGGUCAGCAGCCUGUACAACCCCCACAAGAGCGGAGCCAGCAAGAACUUCCUGGUUGUCAUCACGGACGGCCAGUCCUACGAUGAUGUGGCGGGCCCAGCUCUCGCAGCGCAGAAGGAAGGUAUCACGGUGUACUCAGUAGGAAUAGCCUGGGCUCCUAUGGAUGAUCUGAAAGCCAUGGCCUCCGAGCCCAAGGACUCCCACACCUUCUUCACCAGGGAGUUCACGGGAUUACAGCAGUUUGAGCAGCCCAUCAUUAAGGGAAUCUGCAGAGACUUCAUGGAAUCCAACUAAGGGCACCGGGGAGGAGCAGGAGUUGCCCCGAUGGAAGGUGAAGGAGAAACGCCAGGAGAUGACAACAGCAGCUUAAAGCAGGCUUGUUCCAAUAGCAUUGUAUAAAUGCUUCGCACCUCUAGAUGUGAGGUCUAUCCUACAUAGUGGUACAAGAUAGAAAAGCAAGUCAAAUAAGGUACACACUGUAAAACCUAAGCACUAUUUAUAUCUGUUCUUCAUGGCAACACAGUGAUUGGGUAUACAUGCAACAAACCCUGUGCGACUGUUAAAAGAGAUUUUACCGCAGAAAAGCACAUGUAGGAUCCUGCUCGUUUCUCUAUCCAUCUACCGACUGAGUUCCACAAACUUUCAUACUUUUUUAUACACAGGGAAGAAAGGAAAGACUACAUCUGGCUCCAUGUACUAUGAGAUGGCAUAUAUGGUAAAGGCUAAUGACAUUGUACACAGGUGGUAGAAUGGCUAUUGCAUGCUUACUCCUUAUUGAGAACCUGAUUGGCUCAUUUUACAGUGUAGAAAUUCAAGCACUUAAAAGAUGUAAAGAGGACAUUGGAACCCAAUCUUUCUCAACCCUGUAAGUAACUUAUUUUUCUUGCUAUAAAGAAUAUAUUGUUAGUUUUUACUGCAGGUAAUGAACCUCCUGAGGUCAUGUGUCUUCAUCCCCAUUCCCAGCCACCACAGUCUAAGUUGCCAUCUACUGCAAUAAAACAUUUAUGAACCAUAACAACAAUACUAUUACAUUCCUAAUAAGUCAUAAAUAUGGUGUAUUACUGUUGUUUUCUACACAAGCUGCAGUAAGCUAAAUGAGUACUCCAUGCAAUCAAUGUAUUACUGUAUUGUCAACUGUUGUAGUGUUGUAUUUACUUGGGCCUAAUAAAGCUUACCUUUAAUAACA